AUGUCCCUCAUUGACGUCGACAAGAUCGAAGUCACCGUGCUGGUCGACAACGAGCUCGACCCCAUCACGCCCAGCCUGCACCCAGAGGUCCACUAUGCCGGGCAGAUGCGCGGACUCCAGCUGACGCCGAUCCAAAAGGACGGCCACGCCCACGGCGACCGCGGCGACGCCGCCCUCGAGCUGCGCAUGGACAGCAUUUGCUGUGCCGCCCACGGCUUGUCGCUGCUGAUCACCGCCACCAAGGGCGACACGCAGCACACGCUCUUGUUUGAUGCCGGGCCGGAGGGCGCCGUGUGGGCGCGGAACGUGGCGCGCCUGCAGGCCGACGUGAGCGGCGUCGAGGUCGUGCACCUGUCGCACUGGCACCGGGACCACUCGGGCGGGCUGGAGACGGCUGUCAGUGCCAUCAAUGCGGCCAAGGCGGCCAAGGCCGCCGCGGCCGGCGAGCGCAGCGAGGACAACAAAGACGACAAGGUGGUGGUGGACGUCCACCCCGACCGCCCCGACUUCCGGGGCGUGCAGUUCCCCGGCCGGCCGCCCAUUUCCUUGGAGGCGGACCCGACGUUUGCCGAGCUCGCGGCGGCGGGCGCGGUCGUGGACCAGCACGCCGAGGCGCACACGGUGGGGGACGGCUUCUUCUGGGUGUCGGGCGAGAUCCCGCGCGAGACCAGCUACGAGGGCGGCAUUCGCCGUGCGGUGCGCUACACGAACGCGACGGCGCAGUGGACGCCCGACCCCUUGAUCAAGGACGAGCGGCUCGUGGCGUGCCGGCUCAAGGGCAAAGGCCUGGUGGUGUUUACGGGGUGCAGCCACGCAGGGGUGGUGAAUGCCUGCCGGCAUGCGGUUGCGAGCCUCCCGGCCAAGGACGAGGGCGCCAAGACCCUGCACGCCGUCGUGGGUGGCUUCCACAUGGCAGACAACGACCCGACGAAAAUGCAGGCGACGGUCGCCGACUUGAAGGCGCUGUCGCCCACCAUCAUUCUGCCGGGCCACUGCACGGGCUGGCGGUUCAAGUACGACUACGAGCAGGCGGUGCCGGGUUCUCUGGUGCCGUGUUUUGUGGGAACAAAUCAAGGUGUAGUUCACUGCAUUGCCCGGCGUGCGCGGAUAAAACUCAAACGUGAACACGGCCGACUCUCGCGUGGCCACGACCGUCUUGAGCGCAUCGGCCGUGAUGAUGACGUGCCCCUCGUCAAACUUCCAGUGGCUGUUGUACGUGGCGCGCUGCUGCUGGAGCGGGCCCAGGUACUGCGUCCAGGUGUCGACGAGGCCCGUGCCGUUGAGCGACGUCAGGCGGACGGCGGCGACGAGCGGCAGGCCCUUGUAGGCCACGGGGAUCGCGAGGUCGUCGUCCGCGCUGGUGUUGAGGCUGGCGACGGACGUGGUGGACGCCAGCACGGGCGCGUCCCAGAGCACGAGCUGCAGCGGCAUGGCGACGGCGCCGCCGGAAAAGACAAUGGUGAGGUUGGCCCGGAUGCCGGCUGCGGCGGUGGGGGCAAAGUGCUUGGCGAGUCGCUUCCGGCCGCCAGAGCAGCGCUGCCAUCGCGGAUGGCCGUCACGUGGUUGCCGUUGAACAGGUACGGCAGCGCCUGGUCGGUGGUCGGCGCGUCCACGCGCUGGAACACGUACGCCGACGUCGCCUGUGUCGUGGCCGCCGCACCCGUGUCGUUUGUCGUCCCGGCCGGCAGGCUGUUGACUACGCCCGGCUUCGCGGUGGCCGCGCUGACAACCAGGUCGGCGCUCGUCCGGUCGCGCCACUGCCCCGCCGCGCGGUCCAGGUUGUCGAUGCCGUUGUCCCAAUACAUGACGCUGAUGUUGAGCGACCGGGCGGUGCGCACCAAGAAGUCCGUGUACCGCCACCGGGCACUGGCCUCGAUGUUGGUCGGGCUCGCGUCGAACUCGCCGAGCACGAGAUGCAGAUCGGUAAAGUUGUUGUGGAUGGCCGUGAGGUCGGACACGAUGGCCGCCUUGUCGUCCUCGGAGCCCCAGAUCGUCUUGCCCCACGCCUCAAAGACGAAAGACGUCACCACCCGCCGCGGGUUGUGUCCGUCGGUCAAGGCCGCCAGAAACAGCUGGUUCAAGUGGUUGAGCCGCUGGCCGUCUUCGGGCGUAUUGGCCGGCGGCUCGUUGAUGGGCUCCAGCGCGACCGACGACGGCGCACACGCCAGCGUCCGCGCAAUCUGGCGCCAUGCCGCCGCAAACUUCUCCGCAAUCUCUGUCUGGUUCGCGCCCUCCUUGGUCACGUCCGCCCACCGCCACGAGUCGUGGUGCAUGUUGGUCACCACAUACAAGCCGGCGUCGGUGGCCAUCUGCACCACCUCGGCGACGCGCGCCAGCCACGUGCUGUUGAUCGUCCACGCCGGGCUGCCGCUGACAAAGUGGUCCGCAUACGUCACGGGGAUGCGCACGCUGCGGAAGCCGGACGCUUUGACCGUGGCAAACACGUCCGGCGUCACCUUGGGAUUGUUCCACGAGCCUUCGUCGGGGACGGCGUCGAGCGUGUUGCCCAGGUUCCAGCCCGGGUUGAGGUUCUGGACAAACUCGGCGGCCGUGAUGGGCACAAACGGCGAGGAGCAGUUGACGGCGUUGGGCGAAGCUGAGGCCGAUGGCAGCGAGAAGAGAGACACGGCCACGGCCACGGCCGCGGCUGGCGUGGCGACUUUCAGGAAGACCAUAGUGGGCAGACGAUGGACACGUCACAGUGACUACGACAACGAUCAGAAGACGAUAUGCCCCGGAUCGAUGACUCUGAUAGACAUGGAUGCGGCCCGCACUUGUACUCUCACGAACGACGCGGUACGUUGA